UGAUGCUCUCGGUGAGCGAAAAUCCCUUCCCGGCACCCAUGGGAAGUUCGCAUCCACAACCCCCCACUCCUUCACUCCUCCGCUCGCUCCCGAACCCUCUAGCAUUCUUCUCUCUCCGGCUCGGCUCCAAUGGCGGAUCUCCACCCGCCGGAGGCCCCGGCGAAUGGCGGCGGCCCGGUGGAAAUCCUCGUCCCCUGCCCGGGCUCCAAGCGGCAGCGCCGCCCCAGCGUCCGCCUCGGCGAGAUCGGCGACCAGCCUGCCGCAAUCCCCUACGAGCCCUACUUCCGCCGCAUGAAGCACUGGAAGCUCCCUUCCGACGACCACAAGCCCCGGGCUCACCCCCUCAAAGACCCCACCAAGCACACCUCCAAGACCCGCCCCCUCACCACCCUCGCCCCCGACGGCGACGCCCUCGACGCCCUCCCGGCCGCCGAUGACCACGUCCUCCUCCCCGUCGACGAGAACCUCGACCCCUUCGCCUCCGGGAUCCGGCGGGGGAGUCGCGACGGGAAGGCGUGGCGGGGCGGCGGAGUGAGGCGGGCGAGGUCGAGCUGGAUCCUGAAGGUCGACGAGGGCAACGACGGCGCCGACUUGAAAUCGAGCGGCGGGGAGGACGCCGGCGACGAGGGCUACAGGGAGGGUUCAGAGAGUCCUGAUAGGCGGGCGGCAGCUAGGGUUAGGGUUUCGGAGAGCCGGGAUGGUGGUCCUUUGGCUGAGGGUGAUUUGCCGUCGGAGACGGAUAAUAGGGAUUGGAACAAUCAGAACGGGUGGUGCCGGUCAGUCGAGGAUGGUGGCGUCCGAUCGUGGCUCAAUGGGUUGGGGCUGGGCCGGUACGCUCCGGUGUUUGAGAUCCAUGAGGUGGAUGAUGAGGUGCUGCCAAUGCUGACUCUGGAGGAUCUGAAGGACAUGGGGAUUAAUGCAGUCGGGUCGAGGAGGAAGAUGUACUGUUCUAUCCAGAAGCUCAGGAAGAAGGCCAUGUGAUUCGUAGCUCGCACGGAUGGUGUCAUUCAAGGAAAAAGGAUAUUUGGCUGCCUGAAGUUGUUGAGAGCAGGGUCUUCAAUCUUUGAGAUUCUGAAGCACAGGGAUGGGGCUUCUGUGCCCUCCAGCACUGUAUGAAUUUCUUGUGUGGAGCUAAAUUGAGACCCAAAAUUUAUGUCUUAGAGGUGAUAUCAUGCAAGCAUUUUCUUUUUCCCAGGAGAGCAUAGCAAUAGGCAAAAUAGUUACCAUGUUUUAAGCAGCGUAUAGGAAGUGCUUAUAGGAGCUAUGUGACAGCUGCAUGCCUUUGAGACAAAGGAAAUUAAGACAAAAGAAGAACCCUGACAUUGCAAUAAUCAGAAUUUUCGCAACAAGGAGUUAGCAUGGUAAAUGAAAAGUUAUCUUCAAAGCUGAAAGUUGUAUUAAGAAUGCAUCCUUGUGGAUCCGGUUCAGAUUUUUUAUUCCUGGGCGUGCUUGAGAGCCUCAGAAAUGUAAAUUUUGAGUGUACCAGAAAGUAUUUCUCCGAUUCAACUGCAGGUUUUUCUAGAAGAUAUAAUCUAUUGCCAUUUCUCUUCUAGGUGGAACAAGUAGAAGCUCGUGUAUUAUGGUUCGUUUCAGCAAGAAUAUGUAUUUGAAAACUCGAGGGUUUUGCAAUUUUAGACUUACCGGUUCUAAUUUCUUGUGGGAUGAUUGUAUUUCCAACUAUGAUACUUUCUUCUUGUUUUCUUGAAUAUAUCUGCACGCCUAUGUUAACACCUGGUAAUUCAGGUCA